GAAAAAAUUCCCCUUUUGGAUCAUCUGGAUUGGCUUGGGGCAUCCUCGUGGCCGUGGCUCGUGGAGUGCACGAUUUGGUGCUGGAUUGUGGUGGUAUAGUGGAGAUUUUGGCGUAAGCGCUUUCUCUUCCAUUUUCCUUUUCGUUUACCCAUCAAUUUCCAUUUUCCGGCGCUGAAUUUGCAGACCAGAUUUUGCUUUUUUCCUCUGUUGGAGGAAUUAGAGGGAUUAAACCCCGAGAUUUACUCGCCCCUCUGCUCUGUUUAACGCCCUUUUGGGAUCGUCAUGGAGCAGUGGAAGACUGGAGAUUUCUCCCAGUCUAUUGUAGCAGCUGAUUUAGUUCCUUCCUCGUCUCUUCAGCCUCCGCCUCAGCCUCUUUCAGUGCCCUCAAGUCGCCUCCCUAGCCAGCUUCCUGAAUCCAGGUUAAGAACAGAUGCGGAAGUAAAAGAUCCAGUAGCUGUGAGAAAAAUUCAGAAGGCAGAUCGUGAAAAAUUGAGGAGAGACAGACUGAAUGAACACUUUCUUGAACUAGGAAACACAUUAGACCCAGACAGACCCAAAAAUGACAAGGCCACUAUCCUUACAGACACUAUCCAAAUGCUGAAGGAUUUAACUGCUGAAGUCAAUAGAUUAAAGGCCGACCAUGAAGCUCUUUCUGAAGAAUCACGUGAGCUAACCCAGGAAAAGAAUGAGCUUAGAGAAGAGAAGGCUUCAUUAAAAUCAGAUAUUGAAAAUCUUAAUGCUCAGUAUCAGCAAAGACUGAGGGUCAUGUUUCCCUGGGCCACAAUGGAUCCUUCCGUCGUUAUGGGGCCCCCGUAUUCGUACCCGGUUCCUGUUCCUGUCCCUCCGGGACCUAUUCCCAUGCAUCCAUCAUUGCAGCCUUUCACCUUCUUUGGAAAUCAAAAUCCUGGUGCCAUUCCCAACCCAUGUUCAACAUUUGUACCAUAUACUGCUGCUCCCAAUCAUCCAAUCGAACAACCCUCUGCCCAGUAUGCAUCCAAUUCACAUAUUUCUAGCAAACAAGAUUCCAGAAGUAAGUCAUCAGAUCAGCAUAGGCGUAAUAAUGCAGAAAGAUGUGACGAAUCUAAUGACGUAGCAACAGACCUUGAACUUAAGAUGCCUGGAUCUUCAACACAACAGGAUGCGUCCUCUGGGAGUAAGAAAGGUAAGCAGUCGCAGAGGAAAGAAAAAAGUGUUACAGAUUGUAGUUCGUCAAGUAGGUUUUCUUCAUCCCAAGUUCUUCAAGAUAGCUCCUCUAACAGCGUUGGCGAUGUCCCGAAACCGAACAACUGAAUUCAAGGUUACUGAUCUCAUCAACGUGAUUAAACUCAAGGUUGCUUCUUUCCUUGCAGCCAAGUACUGAUUUCAGGAACUUCAGGUUCAGACUGCUUUAGCUUUAUUCCCACGUCAAUAUGCAAGCAGUCAUCCCUUGUUCUAUAGCUACUUGCUCUAACCGGAGCUUUAUUGACCACGAGGUACGGCGUAUUGCGGCUGUUAUCGGUAUCUAAUUUAAUGAGUCUUACUCUUACCAUAUUUCAAAAUAAAAUUGUUUUAGGCUGACAUUGACAGCAUUUGUCCAGUGCAGACCCUGCAUUUGGGGGGUAGUUCACUGAAAUAGAUUUGGUUGUAAAUAGUUGUCCAUGUGUUCUACUUGUAAGACUCUAUACAGAGGCCAUUAACGUUGAAAACCAUUUAGUUAGUUUAUGUAAUGUUAAAAUCUAAAAGCCUUGAAAGCCGGAAAAUUUGACUACUGAAUAAGUAGUCAAUAGAUGGGCACAAAAGUAUUAUGUUUCCCAUAAUUACUGAUUAGCUACAAUUUAUUAUCAUUAAUAGUUCAAA